AUGUUAUCGAAGAACCCAAAUGUCAUCAUUAUUCAAGAAUUAAACGCUCCAGGCGUCUGUGUGUGGGCUGGCAUCUGUUCUUACACCAUAAUCGGUCCUUACUUUCACGACGGUAACGGUCCCAAAUACCUCAAAAUGCUUGAAGAAGUCAAGAUCGAACUCGUCAACAACGAUAUCUUCCGUGAUAAGCGAAUUAUCUGGUAACAAAAUAACAAGCCAUUAUGCGGUUGUGGUUCGUGACUUUUUGAAUAAAAACUUCAACGGGUGGAUUGGUCGCCGUGGGACGACGGAAUGGCCCCCAAGAUCACUCGAUCUCACACCUUGUGAUUUCAGCAUAUGGGGAGUUAUCAAAGAUCGAGUUUACAAGACACCAAUCCAAAAUUUGAUCCAUUUAAAAAGGCGAAUCGAGGAAGAAUUUCAAAUUUUGAACAUCGAUUAUUCGUAUCUUUACAACGCCACAAAUGCGGUAAAAAAAUGUUGUGGAGCAGUUAUUGAAGCUGGAGGACAUCAUUUUGAACAUUUAUUAUAA